UCCUGCUGUCAGCCAGCAGCAACAGCAACAGCAGCAGCAGCAGCAGAAGAAGAAGAAGAACCAUGAAGCGUCAACAGCAGUUGCAAUCCAACACAGCCCUGCAGAACAGGAAGAAGCAGAAAACAUUAGCCCUCGAUGCGUCCAAGCCCACAGGGUCCAGUGCCAACAUGCCGACCUCUGCCGCAUCUGAACCUGUAGCAACCUCAGCUGCCGUCUUGUCAAGACCUGCGGCAUCAACAACUUCCAGCAUGUCUGAACCUGUAGCAACUAUGUGGGAUCCUGUAGUGCACAUAGCCCACUUGCUGGAGCAGGACAAGGAGCUGUUGUUGUCUGGCCUACUUAUCGAUUUGUGUGAUGAGGACACGUGAUCUGCUCCCAACAAAAUAAAUGCUGGUGGUGGUCCUAAACAACAGCAAGAUGGUGGACGGUACUGGUCACCAACAUAUGAUCCAUCCCAGCAGAACAUCCCAGCGCUAG